UUGGCUUGUUUGUGGUGUGCACAAAGUGAUCAGGCAUCAAGUUUCCCGCCAAAACAAGGCUAAAGGUCACAGCGCAGGACAGAACGUCGGCCUUUUCCCGCAGCAAGAUGGCGGAGCAGGCACAGUUCGAGACUCUGCUGGCCAACUUAAUGAGCCCUGACAACGACGUCAGGAAGCAGGCUGAGACGAUGUACGAUGGCAUCCCUGUGGCCAAUCGUGCACAGUUUCUCCUGCAGGCUUCCAGAAACGCCAAUGCUGCAGCAGAGGUGCGUCAGAUGGGCGCGGUGCUGCUGCGGCGCCUGCUGACAAUGUCGUUUGAGGAGGCGUGGCCGACGUUCCCACCAGAGCUGCAGGCUGCCAUCAAGACCCAGCUGCUCGCCGGCAUCCAGCAGGAGACCACGCCCAACGUCAGGCGCAAGAUCUGUGACGCCACCGCAGAACUGGCACGCAACCUCAUGGGUGAUGAUGGUACGAACCACUGGCCGGAAGCGCUGAAGUUCCUGUUUGAGUGUGCCAGUUCCCAGGACCCCGCCCUGAAGGAGAGCGCGCUCAACAUCUUCUGUUCCAUCCCAGGUAUCUUUGGGAACCAGCAGGCACACUACCUGGAGGUUAUCAAACAGAUGCUGUACCAGUGUAUGACUGACCAGACUAGUCCACAGGUGCGAAGGUUGGCGGCCAAAGCCACAGCGAACUUCAUCCUGGAGAAUGAGAAUGACGCCACACUGCAGCGACAGUUGUCUGAUCUCCUUCCCGGGAUCCUACAGAGUCUGUCGGAGAGUGCUUCUACCCAAGAUGACGACUGUGUCCUGAAGAGUAUGAUCGACCUGGCCGAGAACACACCCAAAUAUCUACGUCUACAGCUGGACUCUGUGCUCAACAUCAACCUACAGAUCCUGUCCAAUCCUGACCUGCCCGACCAGUGGAGACAUCUGGGGUUAGAGGUCAUCGUGACGCUGGCAGAGACGGCUCCAGCCAUGGUCCGCAAACGGGCAAAAAUUGUUCCGCUUCUGAUCCCUCAGGUCAUGGCCCUGAUGGUUGACCUUGAAGAGGAAGAAGACUGGGCCACGUCUGAUGAAGCAGAAGAUGAAGACAGUGACAGUAAUGCGAUCGCUGGUGAGACUGGACUAGACAGACUGGCGUGCGGGUUGGGAGGGAAGACCGUCCUGCCACACGUGUCCGCUGCACUGCCACAGAUGUUACAGAACGUUGACUGGAGAUACCGGCACGCCGCCCUGAUGGCCAUCUCGGCGAUCGGCGAGGGCUGUCACAACCAGAUGCAGGCGGUUCUGCCCAGCGUGGUGGACGCUGUGCUGCCCUUCCUGCAGGACCAGCACCCCAGGGUCAGAUAUGCAGCCUGUAAUGCUCUGGGACAGAUGGCUACUGACUUCGCCCCACUCUUCCAGAAAAAGUUUAUUGACAAAGUGAUCCGAGGCCUGCUGAUUGUACUGGAUGACUUCCAGCACCCCCGUGUCCAGGCUCACGCCGGUGCGGCGCUGGUCAACUUCAGCGAGGACUGUCCCAAGUCGCUCCUCCUGCCGUACCUGGACCCCAUCCUGGCCAAGCUGGAACAGGUCCUCAGUGUGAAGAUUCAGGAGGUUGUUGCCAAGGGGACAAAGAUGGUUCUGGAACAGGUGGUGACAACGAUCGCUGCUGUCGCUGACACAUCGGAGGACGCGUUUGUCCAGUACUACGACCGCUUCAUGCCCAGCCUGAAACUUCUCAUGCAGAGUGCCAACAGCAAGGAGCUCAGGUUACUGAGGGGGAAAACUAUCGAGUGUAUCAGUCUCAUCGGCCUGGCUGUCGGCACUCAGAAGUUCAUGCAGGAUGCGUCUGAUGUGAUGCAGAUGCUGCUGGCCACACAGACUGACUCCCAGGCCCAGGAGAUGGACGAUGAUGACCCUCAGAUGUCGUUUAUGAUCUCAGCGUGGGCUCGGAUGUGUAAACUCCUGGGGAAACAGUUCCAGCAGUACCUGCCUGUGGUCAUGACUCCACUGCUCAAGGCUGCUGCCAUCAAACCUGAGGUCGCACUGUUAGAUGAGGAUGACAUGAAACAAGUGAAUGAAGAUGAUGGUUGGCAGUUUGUGUCUCUCAGUGACCAGCAAAGUUUUGGCAUCAGGACGACAGGUUUGGAGGAGAAGAGCACGGCGUGUCAGAUGCUGGUGUGUUACGCUCGAGAGCUGAAGGAGGCAUUCGCAGACUACACAGAACAGGUGGUGAAACUGAUGGUGCCACUGCUCAAGUUUUACUUCCACGAUGUUGUGAGAUUGUCGGCUGCUGAGAUCAUGCCGUGUCUGAUCGAGUGUGCGACGAUUAAAGGCGAGGCGUACGUACGGGAGAUGUGGAACUUCAUGUGUCCUGAGAUCAUCGCCGCCAUGGGCACGGAACCGGAGAGUGACGUCCUCUCACAACUCAUGGAGUCUUUUGCUAAAUGUGUAGAGUUGCUGGGGAAGGGCUGCCUGAGUAAUGAACAGUUGACCAGCCUGGGGAAGACCCUCAACGACCAUCUGGAGGCUCACUUCCACAAACAGGACGAGAGGCAAGAAAGGAGAAAAGAUGAAGACUAUGAUGAGGUGGUAGAAGAAAGCUUACAGGAACAGAAUGAAGAUGACAUCUACAUGUUGAGUAAAGUGUCUGACAUCAUCCACUCUCUGCUGGGGACACACAGGGAAGAGAUGCUGCCAUUCUUUGAACAACUGAUGCCACACUUCAUCAAACUAUUGACUCCUGGGAGACCUUGGUCAGACAGACAGUGGGGUCUGUGUAUCUGGGAUGACGUGAUUGAGUACUGUGGACCGGUGUCCUUCAAGUACCAGGAGUACUUCCUGCAGCCCAUGGUGGCCGCCAUCACGGACAAGAAUGCCGAAGUUCGGCAGGCCGCAGCGUACGGGUGCGGUGUCAUGGCGCAGUUCGGAGGAGAAAACUAUGCACAGGCCUUGCGAGAGGCCCUUCCCAGACUAACUCAGGUGAUCCAGGACCCAGAGUCUCGCGAGGUGGAGAACUUACCCCCCACGGAGAACGCCAUCUCAGCCGUCACCAAGAUGAUGAAGUACCAGCCGGGCAGCCUGGAGAUGGACUCCAUCCUGCAACACUGGUUGUCAUGGUUACCUGUCAAGGAGGACAAGGAGGAGUGUGUGCACAUCUACAACUUCCUCUGUGAUCUCGUGGAAAGCAACAAUGUGAUAGUGCUGGGUCCCAACAACAGUAACCUGCCCCGUGUUCUGGGGAUCAUAGCAGACGGGGUGGCUGCCGACGCCCACAGUCAGGACCAGGGACUGACUCAGAGACUCACCACCAUUGUCAGACAGAUGCAGGGUUCUGGUGACCUCUGGACGACCUGUACUGCCCAGCUGACCCCCGAUCAGCAGCAAGCACUGGUCAGCUUCAUGGAGACGCCACAGACAUGAGAACCUGAAUUGUCGAGACAUCUACAAAUUAAAAUUACAAACUCUAAGGCAAAAUAAACAAGUUUCCCAAAGGCUAAGCAUCUUCUGUAUAAUUUGGCCAUGUCAGUUUUGAAGGUUUCUUUUGACGCUCAGUUCGUCUUGUUUUUGUAUGGUGAUAAAAAUGUCCUGUUUUUACACUUCGUCUCUAUCCUACACAGUGUAUCUUGUUGCAAGUAACUUUGAUUCCAAUAUUGUUACAAGUCUGAUGCAAAGAUGUUUUGACAGGGUUA